GCUAACGAUACGCAGCUGCAGGCACGUCACGUGACCUGGUGUUGACUGCAGCUCUAAGCUAACGGUGUUGGUGUUCACCUAGCUCCCGGGAACGGGACCGAGCUCGAGCUUUGGCCAGGGUUCAGGAGAUCAGGUGUUGUCAGCAGCAGGAUGCCCAUCCCUCCCCCUCCUCCUCCCCCCACCUUCAGUCAGGCCAACACUACCCCUCCCAAGCUGAGCAGGGAGGAGGUCAAAGGUCGCGGCGCCCUGUUGUCGGACAUCUGUAAAGGCACUAACCUGAGGAAGGUGGCGGUGGUGAAUGACCGCAGCGCUCCUCUGCUCGACAAGCCCAAAGGAGGUGGAGCAGCCACAGGAGCCAAUGGCAGCACAGCAGGAAGUCCGUCAGGUUCUGCUCCUCCAAUCGGAGGCCUGUUCACAGGCGGAGUUCCCAAACUGAAGCCAGUCGGAGACUCCUCCUCGGGACGUUCUCCUUCGGCUCGUCCUGCAGCACCCCGCCCUCCAAGCCAUCGGCAUGACAACACAGAGAGCCCCUCCCCUCAGGCGUUGUCACCAAUGGAGACCUCUCGAUCUCAGCGUCCUUCGCUCCCCAACCUCUCCUCCUCUCCCUCCCCCUCCUGCCCUUCCUCCGCAGCCUCCUCACCCUCCACUGGCAUGAAACACUCUUCCUCCGCUCCUCCUCCCCCUCCUCCUCCCCUCUCGCGCCGUGGUAAUGCCCCCUCCCCUCCAUCCUCCUACAACAGGGAGAAACCCCUCCCACCAACACCUAACAAUACCCCGCCUCUACCCACAAAACCUCCUCCGUCUCCUAGCAACAGCAGACGUCCUCCCACGUCUGGAGGAAACCCCUCCAGCUCCUCUCUGGCCCCGCCUCCUCCACCGUACCGCAUUAACGGUCCAACGGGGGGUGGCGAGGUGGCGCCCGAGCUGCCCCAGCGACACAACUCGCUGAGCAACAAGAGGCCCGCUCCGUCACCGGGAGGCCACACCCCCACUAGAGGUCCAGCCCCUCCGCCUCCUCCUGCGUCACCCACACCAUCCCAGCAAGGAGCCAACAGGCCGCCUCCUCCCGUCAGAGAGCCGCCGAGCAGGGGAGCAGCUCCUCCGGUUCCAGCUCCAUUAUCAUCGUCAACGAGGGCAGGUGGCAGAGAAGCUCCGCCUCCUCCUCCUUACAGGACGCACGGUAGCCCCUCCCUGUCUUCGGACCCCCCCUCCAGAGGGAAACCUCCUCCCCCACCCUCCCGCACCCCAGCCGCUCCUCCGCCGCCUCCCCCUCCUCUCCGUAACGGACACUCCUCCUCCUCCUCCAUCCCUCGCUCGUUUGUUGACGACUUUGAGUCCAAAUAUGCCUUCCACCCUCUGGACGACUUCCCUCCUCCAAACGAGUACAGACACUUCACCAAGAUCUACCCGAGCAAAGCCAGCAGAGCCGUACUCUGUCCAGGAUGAAGGGAUUGUUCAGCAUGGAGCUGCGAUGGUUUUUGGAUUAAUUCUGGAAUUUCUCUAAUCCGUUCGGGAUGAAACAUUUCUAUACAGCCUCAGUAGUAUGGAAAUAAACUUUCUGUAUCCAUCAACAAGCUUCUGGCUGAAUAUGUGACCACUCAGUUUGGCGGCUCUGGUACAGCUCGUUUAACUGGUUGGUGUACUGGAACAGAACCCACUUUUAAUCAAAGUUUAUAUUUUUUUAACAUUUCAUAGGCUUUGCUCAUCCCAGAACCUCUUUAGAUGUAUGUUUGUGUUCAUUUGGAGCACCAAAAUGUGUCCAGGAGGUUUUUCCCUUCAUUACUCUAUCCAGUACCACUGGCAGUGGAACAGCUCCACACCAUGAUGCUGCCACCACCAUGCUUGGCAGUUUGUAUAGUGUUGUGAGGUUUGAAAGCUGCACCUUUGUUCCUGCAAACAUCCUUCUCGUCAUUGUGUCCAAGUAGUUCAGUGUUUGUCUCAUCGGACCAUCGAAAUGUUCUCCAGAAGACAUCUGGCUUGUCCAUGUGGGCAGCUGCAGGUCCUUGGUGAUGUUAAACUGGUUUCAUGUGAAAAUGCCAAUCGAUACUGACGAGGUUAACCAGUUAAAUAUGAAUCUUUUUCUGUUUCCUGAUUGGUUACUGAGCUGUUUCUGUUUUUGUUUCAGUGAUGAGAGGAGCUCCUCCUCUUCCUCCUGUUGGCAGGUGAACCUUCAACUUCUCCCCUCUCACACCUGCUUCUUCAUCCUGUUUGUCCAUCUCCACCUCAUCUACGCUCACAGCUGAUUGGCUGAGGAGAUGUCCGACAGUUUGACCAAUCAGAGAGGCCUUGUGGAAGAAUCGGAUUGAAGGAGCGAAGCGUCUUCCUCCAGAUGUUUGAUUUUUGUUUGCACCUGCACUUUUAGUUUUUAUCAGGCGGCAGCACAGAGUCGGAAACAGCAGCAUGAGCCGUUCCUGAUGGUUCUGUUAACCUAACGAGGACGGGCCACAGCAGGAUCCAGGUGGAUUCUGAAGGCUUCAGGCAGAGGAUGAAGAUGAAUUAAAGCUUACUAAACGAUUAACGCUGAAAAAAACAGAUCUUAAUAUCAUUCACUGACAGAAACACUAAUCAGAGACAUGUUCUCACACUGAGACUUCUCCACAGGUCCUGUACCUGGGUCUAGGUCAGGUUCUGGAUCUGCUGGGUCCACAAACUGAACUGGGAUCAGUUACUUCUGAGGAUUUCUCCUCAGACUCCAUGAAGGAUUAAAAACCUGUAUAUAUGCACCUCAAUCAUCAGCUGACUGAGUGGUUCCUGAGCAGGUCAGUUGUUUAAGUGCCAAUAUGGACUGAGGAGGCCCGUAGAACCUCAGCUGGGGUCAUGUGAUCGAACCAAGUGUGGAGGAGCACGAUCCGACCUAUUUCAUAUCAGUAAAUAUUUCUUCAUGUAUCACAGCAGCUGCGUCUUAGACAAGAAAACGGUUUGUUUCUGCUGAUGAUUCCUAGAACUGUUGGAAAUAUGGGAGAAAAAAGGUCAAAUGUGAAGAUUUCAGAGGUCAUUCUGAAGGUCGAUGUCAGAGCUGCUGCCUGGAAAUCCUACAGCAUUAAUAUCUGUUAAAUUAAUUAAUGUUCAAAAGAAGAAGCUUGUGAUGUCACUGGUUGCUAUGGCGAUUUCCUCCUCUCACCCACAGCAGUAUUUCAGACUGUCAGGAAAACUCGUUCAUGACCUGUGAGAACCGUGAGCAGUCAUGAUGGAGGAGGAAGUCCACCGUUUCUGCGUUAGAAAAACUGUCACAAACAAAGGGUCAAAGGUCAGAAACAUUUCUGUAAUUAAAAAAAGUUCUGGGAAUAGAAGAAAAUGUUCUGAAUUAAACUGAGGGGGAAAAAAAAAAAUGUAAAAAUCACUGAAUCAUUCGGACCUCGGUCUCAUUCUCCCUAUAAUCCCGGCCCAAGGGUGGGUUUUUUUUUCUUAAUUUUACUAAUAAAGGUAUUUAAAACCAUGAGAUCAGUUCUGAUUUCAGCAGGAAGAAAAGUAAAAAGUGUCAUUUAGUUCUAAUUUAUGCAUCAACAUUGUGGCUUUUUCUCUCCCAUCAUUCUCCUUAUAUUAGUGGACUUUUCUCCUCAGAUUGACUUCCUGUUACUGUAUAUAUUUAUGAUUAUUUGAGAAUAAUUCGUCGUUUUCCUGAACCCCAGGCCUCCUAUGUGGUUUAAUCCGGUCAUGUUCUAACAUGUUCUUCCUGACAUAGCUGUUCUCUGCAUGCAGAACCUUCUCUGGUGGCUUUCCAUGCUGGAAUGUUGUUGAAUCGGAAAUCUCCGGAUUUCUGGGAAUAACUUCGGUGUCGCCCCCUGGCUGCAAACGAUGGAGCUGCAGUCUGACUAACUGAGCGGAACUGAUUUCUGUGCUGCAGGAUGGACUGUAGAGGCUCUAACCGAAGUUCUAAUGGUGUCAGCUUUAUUCUGACACUGGGACUAAUGGUGUGUGUUGUUCUCAGUUUAGCAGCAUGCUCUCUAACUGGUUUAACUGGUCUCUGAAUAAACUCCAGCAGUUACUGA